AUCAUCCCGCCUUCCAUAGUCCAGAGCGUCCAUACCAGCUCGCCCCGCAUAGCGGCGAGGUCAGUCCUCAUCGAACCGCCGACUGCAGUAUCCGAUCGGCAGACCGAGCUGGAAGCGGACCUACAGUUCUUGCUGGAUGCGCAAGCCGAAGGGCUGGUGAAAGGGCUGGAAGGCGGCCUGGUUGAUGACCAAGCUUCUACUGGGAGCACAACGCCAACUGCACAGAGCGUCCGUAGUUCGUCCGCCCGACGCAGAUCACGACCGCUGCGGAAGAAGCCUGGCUUGAGGACUGCGCGCAAAGGCAUCUAUACCAGCAUUCUGGCACUGUCGGCUGUCAAAGACGAGGAGACCCACGUACUCGAUGCCGAAGCUCAGGAAAAAGAGGAUACGCUUGCGCAGAUCGACGAGUGGGAGCAGAAGCAGCAGGGACUGCGAGAAGCUACGCAGGAAGCCCACGACGGCGAGGAGGCCAUCCGCGCGCAGCGAUUGCAACAGGAAGCGGAUGUGCUGCAAGAUGAGAUCAACGCCGUUGAGAUGCAGCUCGCGGAUCUGAAGGUGCGACAUAGGAAGCUUCUCCGCCAAGCUGCGGCGGCGGAGAAUGCGGUGCAGGCGAAGUUGGCUUCUUAUACGUCUGCUCUGGGUAUGAUUGAAGCGGAUAUACAACGCUUCUUGUCCACGAAGUCUGCAGCCUCGGAAACAAGGCAGCAUCCACAAGACGGCACCACGUCGAUGUGGGAGUUACCAGCUCGGCGCCGGACGCUGGAGAUGGCUUGGGAGCAGUGGAAGCAGGAUAAGGAUGUGGUGCUCUUGCGGCGUAAGAUGGUUGAACACGAGAAGGCCGCUCUCGACGAAGGGGCCGCGGUGUGGCAAAAAGUCGUGACACAGGUUACGAGUUUCGAGAGAAGCUUGAGAGCUAGCAUGGCGGAUAUGACAGGUUCGCAAUCAGCUUGGGAAGACCCUCCGGCACAGCCACAGGAUAACAAUGAGCGGCUACGACUGUUGCUAGAGCAGCUGGACGGUGUGAUUGAGCAUAUCGACGCUUCUCUCAGGCUUGCGGAGAAGCAUGAUUGGAAAUUGCUCAUUGCGGCGAUUGGGGCUGAAGCCAAUGCGUUGCGGCAGGGCAAGCAAAUAUUGCAUAACGUGCUU